UCCCCAGACGUGUGUGGUCAUGGCCACAAACAGCAACAAAAAAAAGGAAAGGCAAGCGACGGGAGUCAGAGUCUAGAACUCAACGGGACGCAAGGGGAGUUGUGAUAAAUAUACAAUUGUUUGCAACCAGUUGUGUGAGCAAUGUCAGAUCAUAUGUGAGUGUGUGGAUCUGAAUCAGUGUGGGGGGUCUGCUUGCUGUUUACGUCCGUCACUAAGGUGAACGUGUGGGAGGCGGUCCUCUGGUUUUACGUUCGUGGACAAGAAUAAACCAAUCCACGGCAGCUAUUUGCUGAACCAACGUCACAGUUAAAGAGAAACGUCCGUUACUUGGUCAGCUAAAAAAAACUAUUGAAAACGCAAAGGCAGUGAUGGCGAAAAGUAUCUAGCUAUUUUAAUCUGUCAAAUGUUAUCGGUUCAGCAUACCGAUAUUCAAAACUGUGGUCUAACGACGCCGAUAGACUAGCUAGAAGCCACUUUGGGGACGCUCUGCCAGCGGGACUGACAGUAGACGGGAUGAUCUCGGACUGGGGUCUGAUCAGUGAGAGGUCCCUGUGACUGUGAAUGGGUCUGUGAAAUACAUUAGGAUGAGCGGGCUCCACUCCAUCGCUGCCUGCGUGGACUGAGAGACACCGCCCUAUACACAGCAGUCGAUGCGGUCUUCCACUGCAUCACCCGUGGCUGAGAACCCAGCAUGUCUCGCGUCUCCACCACCGCCAAGCGUUACACCGGCUCCUCCUAUACCAGUGCCUAUAGCUCCUAUGGCUCCUCCCUGACGCCCUCCUCCCUCAGCUCCUACACCUCCGACCGGGACAGGCUGACCUCCUACAGGAGCAACGCUGCCUCCUCCUCGGGCUACUCCUCCUCCAGCUACCUGAGCAGCGCCGCCAGCCGCGCCCGCAACUACAGCACCUCCUCGGAGCUCGACCGGGGCCGGCCCAUCCCCCGCACUGACCUCCUGAGCAGCAGCAGCCGGCGCAGCGAGAGCCUGAGCCGCACCCCGGUGAAGACCUAUGGCUCGUCGGGCCUGAGCGGCGGCUCCGGUUACACUGGCUACAGCAGCUACUCCUCGUCCACCACGCCCAGCCGCUCCAGCUACCUCUCCUCGUCGCCCGGGGCCUCCAGCAUCUCUCUCAGCCGCCGGAGGUCGUCGAGCCAGAGUGACCUGACGCGGGACCUGUCGUCCCUGGGCCUCACCGAGCCCACGUCCCCCUCCUCCUCCAGCGCCCUGAGGGGUUACCGGAGCAGGGCCAGCGAUGUGGCCAACUCCUACAACAGCAGCCUGCAGAGAUCCAGCUAUGGCCUGUCCCACAGCGCCACGCAGGAGGCCUUGAGCAGCAGCAGCCUGAAGAGUGGUGGUGGUAGCCGCUUCACCUCCUCCUACGAGAGGAGCAACAGCAGCAGCAAUGGACGAUCCAGCUCCCCCACCAGGGACUCCCUGAACUCCAAGAGCACCCAGGGCCUGGUGGGCCUACGGAACCUGGGAAAUACCUGCUUCAUGAACUCCAUCCUGCAGUGUCUCAGCAACACGCACAACCUCCGGGACUACUGUCUGCACAACUCCCACCGACGCGACCUUAACAAAAACAGCCGCACCAACACUGGGGCCCUCAUGGAGGAAUUUGCCAAGCUCCUCCAGACCAUGUGGACGUCCUCGAGCAGCGAGGCGGUCGGCCCCUCAGAGUUCAAAACUCAGAUCCAGAGAUACGCCCCCCGAUUUGUGGGAUACAACCAACAGGACGCCCAGGAGUUCCUGCGCUUCCUGCUGGACGGGCUGCACAACGAGGUAAACCGGGUCACGGUGCGGCCGCGGGGCAGCUCGGAGGACUUUGACCACCUGCCUGACCGAGAGAAAGGGGAUAGAAUGUGGAGCAAGUACCUGGAGAGAGAGGACAGCAAAGUAGUGGACCUGUUUGUGGGUCAGCUGAAGAGCUCGUUGACAUGCACCACAUGUGGCUACUGCUCCACUGUCUUUGACCCCUUCUGGGAUCUCUCGCUACCCAUCGCCAAGAAGGGCUACGGAGAAGUGAGUCUGAUGGACUGCGUGAGUCUCUUCACCAAAGAGGAUGUGCUCGACGGAGAUGAAAAACCAACGUGCUACAGGUGUAAAGCCAGAAGACGAUGCACAAAGAAGUUCACUGUACAGAAAUUCCCCAAGAUCUUAGUGCUUCAUCUGAAACGCUUCUCUGAAGCGCGGAGAACCAGCAAACUGUCCACAUUUGUCAACUUCCCCAUGGAGAAACUGGACCUCAGGGAGUUUGCCUCGGAAAACAGCAUAAAUGCAGUUUAUAACCUGUAUGCAGUGUCCAAUCACUCAGGCACGACCAUGGGUGGCCACUACACAGCGUACUGUCGCAACCCCACCUCGGGAGAAUGGUACACGUUCAAUGACUCCAGAGUAUCGCCAAUGUCCUCCAGCCAAGUGCGCAGCAGUGACGCCUACGUGCUGUUCUACGAGCUGGCCUCCUCCUCGCGGAUGUGAGGGCCUCCCGGAGGAGGAGGUGGAGGGCACUGCGGGAGGGAGGAGGAGGAGGUGGAGGGCACUGCGGGCGGUGGGCGGGAGGAGGAGGAGGUGGAGGGCACUGCGGGCGGGAGGAGGAGGAGGAGGGCAAAGCCAGGCCCUUUAGGACUAAUCACAUCCACAAGAGGCUACUACUCCCCCCUCCCCAACUCCAUCCACAACAGAGAGAGGUUACUACUCCCCCUCCCCAACUCCAUCCACAACAGAGAGAGGUUACUACUCCCCCACCCCAACUCCAUCCACAACAGAGAGAGGCUACUACUCCCUCCUCCCCAACUCCAUCCACAACAGAGAGAGGCUACUACUCCCCUCCCCAACUCCAUCCACAACAGAGAGAGGUUACUACUCCCCUCCCCAACUCCAUCCACAACAGAGAGAGGCUACUACUCCCCCUCCCCAACUCCAUCCACAACAGAGAGAGGCUACUACUCCCCUCCCCAACUCCAUCCACAACAGAGAGAGGCUACUACUCCCCCUCCCCAACUCCAUCCACAACAGAAAGAGGCUACUACUCCCCCCUCCCCAACUCCAUCCACAACAGAGAGAGGCUACUUCUACUGCUGGACGUCCACCCUCAGACUAUGGAAACACUACAGGAAUCUGUCAUCUUUGCAGUUGCCGUUCAACCCAGCCCUCCUCACUCUCUUUUCUCUCUGCUCUUGGAGAGCAGGGUGGUCGGAGGAGUCGGCCUGUGCUUGUGUGGUGCGUGUGUGUGUGUCUCAGAGAGUAUGUGUGUUAGGUUAAGAUAGGGGAGCAUCACCAGGCAAUAAAAACCAAUCGUCUCCGAAGUCCCUCUCAAUGCACUGCAACAAACCAAACUCUCGCCCCGACCGCACCUUCUUCUCUUCUUGUUCGAGAUCGCCUCAAUAUUAAAAGACAUUGUUUAAAUUUUUGUUUUUGGAUUUUCUUGUUGAUUUUUGUAUUGGUAUUACCACCAUCAUCACGGGGGAAGAUUAACUGAACUGUGUUACUGCGGCAGCGCCCCCUGCUGACAGGUUGGAGUAGAACAAUAUGGAGCCGUCAGAAAGUCUUCUUACCACACCGCUCACACAAACCUGAGUGCCCCCUCCUGCCGACACACUGCAAUGUCUCAUCCCAGUUUCUCUGUUCAGCUGUGUACAGUACUACUCUGUCCUCUCACUGCUGCUCUCUCUCUGUCUCUCUCCUUGUCCUGCAUCUUCCUCUCUGAAGGUGGGGGGCAGGUUGUCCUCUUGAGAGUGCUACGUGUUCAGAGGAUGCCCUGUACCUUGUGUUAUUUUCUUCAGUGUGGCUGCGACUGAUGUUUUAAAGUGCUGUGAAUGAAAGGACGAUCCCGUAGGAAGUCACACUAUUGAUCCCAAUCUUGUCCGUAUGGAUUUGUUCAUCCUCAAUUGUCAUGCCACUGAACAACACGGGAAGAAUGUUUUCACACAACAACAAAAAAACAUAUCUGUAUAUUUUUAUAUUCUGAUGCAAUAUAGAGAAUGUACUAUUACAGUGGUGCUGAAAAGACCCGUUAGUGUUUUCAGUUCAUUUAACAGGUGAAUGAGAAAGACUCUUAAUUAUGCUUACAGGUGACUUACAUGUGAUACGAGUCGUACUUUUUUAACAGUGGCAGUCAAAACACAUGAAUUUAUUAUAUAUAUAUAUAUAUAUAUAUAUAAAUU